AUGAAGACCGUCGCGCUAUUCUCUCUCGGACUCCUGGCUCCAUGCCUGGCAGCGCCAACCGUUGAAACCCAAACAACGAAGAUCCCGCUCACACGUGAGAGGCAACAACACCGCACGCGCACGGAUGGCUCGCUUGACACCAAGUGGUUUAUGGGCAGUCUCAAAGACACUGUCCGAAAAUACAACAAGGACUUUCAAUUUCCAGAGGCCAUUAAGAAUGGAAAGAGAGACACAGACGCCAACCUCCCCCUGACCGACCAAGUCAACGGCGACGAGGAUGUGCUCUACUACGGUACCGGCACCGUGGGCUCGCAAGAUUUCACCUUCGACUUCGACACCGGUAGCAGCGAUACCUUCGUGCCAGGACCAACGUGUGGACAGACUCAGGGCUGCGUUGGGACUAACAAGUACAGAAACACUGGCAGAGAUCGAGGCAACACCACUUCCAUUACAUAUGGAUCCGGCCAAGUCAUGGGAGAGAACUACCUGGACGACUUUACCGUUGCUGGACUUACCGCGAAGAACCAAAACAUCAUUUCUUUGACUGAAGCUGAAGGAUUUGCCAACUCUGCUUCGGAUGGUCUGGUCGGCAUGGCUUUCCCAGCCAUUGCUAACAGCAAGUCGCUGCCUUAUUUCUUCAACCUGAUCGCGCAAAAGAAAGUCCACCCCAAGGAAUUCAGCUUUUACCUGGGACGUCAACAAUCUGGCACAGCGCAGAACAGCGAACUUACCCUUGGUGGUCGCGAUGAGAAGAAGUACAAGGGCAAAUUCACUCCUGUUCCAGUCUCGUCGCAGACAUACUGGCAAGUUGCAGUCGACGGAGCGAAGGUAGGCAGCCACUCUGCCGCCCCAACGACCAAGGGUCAGGGAGCAAUCGACACCGGCACCACUUUGAUCAUUGCACCAACUCUCGCUGCCGAGUCGAUCUUCCUUCAGAUUCCCGGCUCCCUCCCACUUGCUAUGGGACAAAUCACCCUCUUCGCUYAUCCAUGUGCCUCAAACCCUAAAGUCUCACUCACUUUCGCUGGCAAGGACUUUGUCAUCGACCCCAAGGACCUCAACUUUGGCCGCUUGACUGAUGACCUCGGCAUUGAUCUCGGCAGUGACGUCUUGGACAACCUCGUUGGAGGUCUGUACUGUAUUGCUGGCAUCGCCGGCGCCGAUUUAAGACCUGGCGAGAGUUUUUACGUUGUUGGUGACACGUUUUUGAAGAACUGGUACUCGACAUACGAAUAUGUGGACAGCAAAACCGCAUAUGUCAACUUCGCCAAGUCUGUCUAG